GGGGAGGCCGGCCGGCGGGUGGGCUUUAGCUUGUUAGGCUGCUGAGCCCUAGCAGUUUCAAUGGUGCAGCUUUCACAGUCCCCGCUUCGCGGCCCUCCGCCUUCAUGCCAUUCUGAGGAAGGGGAUGAGAAGAGCAUGAAACCAGCUAAGCAGCAGGUGACCCAGGGCCCUCGAGGGGAUAACCAGCCUCCCUUGAGCCCCCUGCAGGCAGCUUUGAAUUCUACCACCACAGCUUCCCAGGCAUAUGAGACAUAUAUUGACAAUGGGCUUAUCUGCCUAAAACACAAGAUCAGGAACAUUGAGAAAAAAAAGCUCAAAUUAGAAGACUACAAGGAUCGUCUGAAAAAGGGGGAGCCCCUCAAUCAGGAUCAGUUGGAAGCAGUUGAAAAAUAUGAUGAAGUGAUACAUAAUUUGGAGUUUGCUAGAGAACUUCAGAAGACAUUUUCUGGGCUAAGUCAAGAUUUGCUGAAAGCACAGAGGAAAGCACAGAGAAGAGAAACCAUAAUGAAGCUUGAAGCAGAAAAGAAAAAGCUCCGCACCGUACUGCAGGUCCAGUAUGUGCUGCAGAACUUCACUCAAGAGCACGUGCAGAAAGACUUCAAAGCUGGCAUGAAUGGUGCAAUAUAUUUGCCUUCUAAAGAACUAGACUACCUCAUUAAGUUUGCAAAAUUGACCUGUUCGGGAAGAAAUGAGAACAUUAGUGUUGAAGACCAAAUGGAACAAUCAUCGCUCUAUUUCUGGGAUCUACUAGAAGGCAGUGAAAAAGCAGUGGUUGGGACAACUUACAAACACCUGAAGGAUUUGUUAUCUAAGCUGUUAAAUUCUGGUUAUUUUGAAAAUAUCCCUGCUCCUUGCAACAUAUUGGAAAAAGAGGAAUUGAAAGAAGAAAUGCCUAUAAGACCAGAACUGAAAGAAGAAAUGUCGGGAAGACCUGAAAAAACAAGGCACCUCUCAAAAGCGGAAUCUGUCAAUGAAUCAGAACCUCAAGUAGAGCACAUUCAGUCUGAAAUACAGCCACAAGAGUUUCUUAAUAGGCGCUAUUUGCCUGAAGCUGACUAUACUAUCAAGUCUGAGGAAUCCAGACCUUGGGAAAUGGAACAUGCUAAAAGGAAUGAACCUCUAAAGUCCUGGGAAAUGCUUGUUGACAUGGAGGAGCAGGAACAGAAAAAGCGGGAACAAGAAUCUGUAAAGCCUUUGGAAUCUGUAAGGCAGCAGGGAAAGAAGCUGGAACUUUUGAGGCCUUGGGAAGCUCAUCUUAAGGAAGAUAAGGAUUGCAGCCGAGAAGUCCCAAAGCCUUGGGUGACACAGGUUAGGGAACAGCAGGGCUCUCCCAAACCCUGGGUAACUAAACUUAAGGAAGAGCAGGAACAAAAGCAAGAUGUUCCAAAGCCUUGGGUAUCCAAAGCUAAGGAAGAGGCAGAACAAAAGCAGGAAAUGGCAAAAACCUGGGUUGCACAAAUAAGGGUGGAGACUGUGCAGAAACCAGAACCUGUGAAGCCAUGGGGUAUGUGUGUUAGAGAGGAGACAGAACAAAAGAAACGGGAAUCUGCAAAGCCGUGGUUAUCACACAUUGGGGAAGAGGCGGAACAGAAAACUCAGUCCCCAAAGGCUUGGGAAACAUCUGAGGGGCCGCGGCGAACAGUUCAGCAGCCGUUACAGAAUUCUUCAAAGAUCUGGGGAGCUGGAAAUCUUGUGCCAAAGGAGCAGACUGGGCCAAAGAAGCCUGAUUUGGAACCAAAAGAAAGACGAGAGCACAGACUGAAGCUUGAAUCUGACAUGAAACAAGAUGGAAAGACAGAUGGAGUAAGUGGACAAAGCACUGAAGCUGCAAGAAAAAAAGAGAGCCUUCAUUCAAUUGGGGAAUCCUGUAAACUACCUAGGAGUCUCCAAAACAUCAUGCAGGGUCCUAAAUCUGUACAUCAGCCAGCUGCAGAGUUUUGCUUUACUUCUAGUCUUCCAAAAGAUCCAGUGCUAAGAAGAGAAAAACUACAGGAUUUGAUGACUCAAAUACAAGGGACCUACAAUUUCAUACAGGAGUCUCUUCUGGAUUUUGAUAAACCUUCACAAAGUGCCAUUUGUUCAUCACAAGCACCUUUAGUUGAUUCUACAGCUUCUAGUGAACAGCUUUCAAGCCAGAACAAUUCUGCUGAGCAACCAGUACAGGCUGCUGCUGCUCCCAUGACCUUGCAUGGCUCAAACACCUCCUUAGCUUCUGACAACACACUGUCUGGAUCUGAAACUGAACUUGGCUCAUCUCAGACAUCUGUUCCACAUUCUCAAGAGUCUGAGAACUUCAGUUCACCUCAGCCUUUGUAUCAGGCAAAGCAGGAGAUUUCUGAGCCAUUAAUGUCCCCAAAGAGUGAAAUUGCUCAGGCUCCUACUCUUUCAAGUGAAUCACAGAUACCAGUGACACCAUCAAGAACUACCACAUCACCCGUACUCCAGGAGUCUUCUCCACCAAGUAGCAGCACUGUGAACGUGACAGCGCCUCCCUUUCAGGCCAUGCAAACUGUCUUCAAAGUGAAUGCACCUUUGCCACCUCGUAGGGAGCAAGAUACCAAAGAGAAUUCUCUGCAUCCUACAGGAUAUAACCAGAAUUUUUCUACAGCAAGUACACAGACUCCACCACAGUGCAAACUACAGUCUACUCAAAAUUCUGAACAACCCACUUUUUCUCAAGAGUCUCUGCCAAAUGCAGGUAACUACCAGGUUGAGGGAGCUGUUCCUGUAAGCAACAGUAACCUCACCUUUUAUGCAGCACAGACAACCACUUUCCCUAGACCACCUCAGCCUUUUGUCACAAGCCGUGGAUCAAUUAGAGGCCCCCUCAGAGGAGCCCGAUCAGUGACCAAUUCUUACCGCUCACCUGGUGGCUAUAAAGCAGGUUUUGAAGCUUACAGGGGAACGCCUUCAGUCCCUAAUGGCACCUAUGGCCAAUUGCAGAUUCCUGGCAGAGAUUACCCCCCAGUGCAGUAUCCUCAGAGGGAUGUGAAUUAUCAGCAGAACUAUAAGCGAGGAAGUAUUAAUAGUGGUCGAGCCAACUCAAGAGCAGGGUGGAGUGAUUCUUCUCAGGUGAGCAGCCCAGAACGUGACAGUGAGACCUUUAACAGUGGGGACUCUGGGCAGGGUGACUCCCGCAGCAUCACUCCCGUUGACAUGCCAGUGACGAGCCAAGCACCCACCAUACUACCUGUGCACGUCUAUCCCCUCCCACAGCAGAUGAGAGUUGCCUUUUCUGCUGCUAGAACUUCUAACUUGGCUCCUGGAACUCUAGAUCAACCCAUCGUGUUUGACCUCCUGUUAAACAAUCUUGGUGAAACCUUUGAUAUUCAGCUUGGUAGGUUUAAUUGUCCCGUCAACGGCACCUAUGUGUUCAUUUUCCAUAUGCUGAAGCUGGCUGUGAAUGUUCCACUGUAUGUGAAUCUCAUGAAAAACGAAGAGGUUCUAGUAUCUGCGUAUGCCAAUGAUGGUGCUCCAGAUCAUGAGACUGCUAGUAACCAUGCAGUCCUCCAACUUUUUCAAGGAGACCAGAUUUGGCUACGUCUUCAUAGAGGAGCUAUUUAUGGAAGUAGUUGGAAAUACUCUACGUUCUCAGGAUACCUUCUGUAUCAAGACUGAAUACAGUAAAGCUGCUCCAAACAGUUUGGUGAAGGAAGGUGAAACCUAGGGGGCUAGUUUUGCACUGCAUACUAAUUACGGAAAUACACCACUCUGAAAUGGGGGCGGGGUAUGGUAAUCUGUCUUGCAAUGAGAUGGAGGUGGGUCAGCACUGAUGUGGCACUUUAUCAGUUGUGAUGUAGCCUUGAUAGGAAAGCUGUGACUGUUAUGUUUGCACUUACUCUUGAAUUGUAAUUAUCAGCUUACCAUGCUAUUCAAAAACUUGCCUCAAGUCUAGGCUCUCCACAAUGCCUUGUGCCUAAAUAAAAAAAAUUAAUAUGCCUUAGCAUCAAUGUCUAUACUCCUGGGAUAAA